AAGAGCUCUCCCUGGGUCCACAGUCACGUCCACGGCGUUGAAAGUCAUGGGGAUCUGCAAGGACCCGCCAUGGGGCCAGGGGUUCAGGACCUCAGCCCUCAGCCCCGUCCGUGUGCCGGUUACUUCGGGGGCAGAUACGUCCCGCGCUGGGCGCGGGGCCCGCCACCACCAGACGCGCCAUCGGGGCCCGAAGAGCCACUGGGUGGCAAAUGGGCGGGAGUGUCUGUGAAGGGUCCAGAGGACACAGAGAGACUCCCGUCCGGGAAGGGAAGAGAGGAGCCCGUUUCACGGUUUGGGACCCACGGGGCCGCGGCUGGGCGAGCUCUGUGUCCCCGAGGGCGUCUCCUACUGCGGAGAAGGGCGGUGUCGGAGUCCCGUCCAGCGGCGCGGAGGAGGAAAAUGGGACACCGAGCGGGACGGAGACGCAGGGGGCGUGCUUGGCCGACGCCGUGACCCCGAGAGACGCCGCUGCUGUCGCCACCCCUCCCCGCCGCGCCCCUCGCCAGUUACAGAACCGUGCGCGGCCCCAAACCGGCACAAACGUCGGCCCCGAAGGCUGGUGAAUCCUAAAGCCGGUGGUGGCAAACGUGGACCGAUCUGAGUCAGUCUGGGAACGGACGCUCCGCGGGCUUCCCGAGCUGAGAUGCUCCGGUGCUAAGGUCACAAAAUAGUUGACGGGGUUAUUAAUCUGCCCCGCCUUUUUAUGGCUGUGACAGAGGUAUUCUGUGCUAAGAUCCGGGCGAUACUCCCCUCCUCCCGGGACCCCCGCGGCCCUCCUCUUCCUCCUCUCGGGACCCCUGCGGUCCUUCUCCUCCUGCUUCCGGGACCCCGCGGACAUCCUUUCCCCUCCUCCUCCCCCGGGGACCCCGCGCGGCACUCCUCCUCCUUCCCCUCCUCCUCUCCCUCCUCCUCGUCCUCCUCCUCCUCCUCCCGGGACUCCGCGGCCCUCCUCCUCCUCCACUUCUUCCCGAGACCCCGCGGCUCUCCUCCUCCUCCUUCCCCUCCUCCUCCUCCCCUUCCUCCCAGGACCCCGCGGCCCUCCUCCUCCCCCCCCCCCCCGGGACUCCGCCGCCCUCUUCCCCCUCUCCCUCCUCCUCCCGGGACUCGGCGGCCCGUUUCCUCCCGGACCUCGCGGGCGCCGCCCCAGACCUCCUUCCGGGACCUCCGGGCCCGCCUCCCACAGCAGUUUCGUUUCAGAGCCCGCGGUCGGCGAAACCGGGCGUCGGGAGGCGGCGGCGGCGGCGGCGGCGGAGGCGGCGGCCCGGGCUGGGCGGGCGUCCGCUGCGGGGGAAGCAGAGAGGAGACUCCAGGGCCCGUGGAGGCCAGCGCAGGGCACCGCGCCGAGGCUCGGGCGACGUGUACUUCCAUCCCUGUGGAUUUUCAUCUCUGCCUCUCGAUCCGGUAUUGGAGCCUGUCAGGCAGAGCCAUGGCCUCCCCCAUAGUCACCAAGAAGAUGAAGGAAGAAGUCACCUGCGCUAUCUGCCUGCUCCUGAUGGCAGAGCCCGUGAGCAUCAGCUGUGGGCACAGCUACUGCAGACAGUGCAUCGACGACUUCCUGAAGAACCUACACCAGGAGGAGCCGUCGCUCAAUGUGUUUUCCUGUCCCCACUGCCGGGCUCCGUUUCGGAUGGCCAGCGUCCGGCCCAACAAGCACCUGGGAAAUCUCAUCGAAGCCAUCAAGGAGAUGGACCAGGAAAUGUCGUGUGAGGAACACGGAGAGUUCCUCCACCUGUUCUGCGAAGACGAAGGCCAGCUCAUCUGCUGGCGCUGUGAGCGGUCACCGCAGCACAAAGGGCAUGACACAGCUGUCAUCGAGGACGUAUGCCAAGGCUACAAGGAAAGGCUCCAGAAUGCCCAGACGAACUUGAAGCAGCUGGAAGAGGAGUGUACGAAACAGAAGGUGCUCGCAAGAAAGCAAAUAAGCGAAUGGAAUGACGUGAAAGAGACUUUGCGCAGGAGUUCGGCUGUGAAGCUGGAAACACCAGAGGCCCAUUCUUUGGAAGUUCAUACUGUGUGCAGUGUUUCUGAGCUUUAUUUUGAUAUGAAGAAGAUGUUAAGGAGCUAUCAAGUCAACGUGACUCUGGAUCCAGACACAGCCCAUCAUGAACUAAUUCUGUCUGAAGAUCGGAGACAAGUGACUCGUGGAUGCUUCCAGGAGAAUCUAGGCAAUUCCUCUAGGAGAUUCACUGUCUUACCCAGUAUCCUGGGCUGUGAAGGCUUCACCUCAGGAAGACAGUACUUUGAAGUAGAUGUAGGAGAAGGAACUGGCUGGGAUUUAGGAGUCUGUUUGGAAAAUGUGCAUAGGGACAUUGGCGUGAUACAGUGCCCUCAGUCUGGAUUCUGGGCCAUCAGACUAUGUGUAAAGAAAGGCUACGUAGCGCUCACCUCUCCCCUAACCUCCCUUUAUCUGAGGGAGCAGCCCCUGGUUGUGGGGGUUUUUCUGGACUGCGAUGUCGGGGUUGUAUCCUUUUACAACAUGACCACUGGCUCCCACAUCUUUACCUUCCCGAGGGCCUCCUUCUCUGAUACUCUCCGGCCCUACUUCCGGGUUUAUCAACAUUCUCCUUUGUUCCUGCCUCCCCCAGACAAGUAAGGAAAGUAGCAAAACCUUCUGGUUUAGCUAACGUAGAAAAUAUCAUGGAAAUCCCUUGAGGGCAGAAAUUUGGUCUGUUCUUUUCGCUGCUGUUGCACUUAGAACUCUGCUGCACUUGUGGCUACUUAAUAAACCUGCUUUGCAUGAAUGGUUGGAAACUGCAGAAAUCCACAGAUGGUCAGCCUGAGCUCGAGGAAAGCAAGAGAAUAGCAAUGAGCAUGCACUGUCUUCUGCAGCCCCUCCGUGGGUUCAGAGCCUGGAGUUACAGGAGUCUCUGGGUGACCCCCAGGGUGACCCAGGGCUCAGGGGGUCUGUGUUCUCCCGGUUUGUCGGAUGCCGUAUGCACUCAUGGGUGGGGAGCGCGGGAAAGCUGCAGUUGUGUCUGCCAGCUGCAAGAAAGCAGGAAAAUCAAAAUAGCAGUGACGCUUCUAACCGCUGACCUCGGAUUAAUCAUCUGAGCCCUGGGCCCGGAUGAUGGGGCGAGUUCGGAUGCCCACCGGGCCUAGCGAGCUCUGUCUGGGCAAUAGCAAAGUGUGAAAAGAAGAAUGAAACGUGGUCUACGACGAGAUGUUCCGAAUGGAAAGGAGAGAAAGAAUGAAAACGAAUUUUCUUGGGGGACUCGGUGCACCACCUAAAAAGCCGUCUUCCUUUGUCUUAUCCCUUCUCUAAAAGUCAAUGGUUCCUUUGUUAAGAUGGUGUAAGCCCCAGUGCCAGUCACACCUUUGAGUUCUCCGUCUCCUAGUGCUCCCAUGUGUCUAGGGAAAACUCCAUUUCUCCUCUACCCUCUCACCCCUACCUACUCUGGCUGUAUAGUUCGCUUCUCAUGACAGGUGCAAUGUCCUACCAUUUCAAUCCUGACAAGUAACUAAAGUUCAAGCAGACCCCAUCGGUUGAGGGCUCAGUCCCGCAAGACUGUCCCCAGCCUCGGAGCCUGCUUGGGAUUUUCUCUCUCCCUCUCUCUCUCUGCCCUCCCCUGCUCACACGGUCUCUGUCUCUCUCAAAAUAAAUAAAUAAACUUAAAAAAAAAAAAAA